AUGGAAACUAGUGCAAAUGUUGGUUUUCAUCUUUUAAUGCGUGUUGCUAUCCCAUCAUCAAAUGAAUUCACGAUUAAACAGAUAGUGGCAGGUGAUCGACAAGUGGUUCUCGCUUGGAAUAAAGUAUCUGAGGCUAUAGGCUACGUUUUAGAAUAUGGUUCUGGUUCCAAUAUAUAUGUCGAUAUGCUUGGCUCCGAGAUUACUUCAUCCACAGUCACUAAUCUCAACAAUGGAUCUACUUAUUAUUUUAAAGUGUUUGCACGCUUAAAGACUGGUUUGCUGGCAGUAACACCUACCGUUUCAAUCACAGUUGGUCGAUGGAGUGGACUUCAACCUUACCAACUUGGGCUUCUGGUAAAUGAUAAUGAACCAGAUAGUAUUGCUGUAGCCGAAUAUUAUCGAAUACGUCGUCAGAUUCCUUCUGAGAAUAUAGUUCAUCUUAAUUUUUCAAAGGUAACCAGAUUGACUAAUAACGAAUUUAUGCCAUUGAAGAACAAAGUUGAUGAAAAAAUACCAACAACUGUUCAAGCUCUAGCAAUUGCAUGGACAAUUCCUUAUGUUGUGACAGCCAACACAAUUUCAGAAACUACAGAUGUACUUUUCUAUUUUCAAGGCUUACAUGCUGUUAAUGAUAUCGCAACAAAUAAAUAUCCACCAGGCGCGGUGGCGGAUCAUUUGACAUCAUAUGGUGGGAUGCUCACCGACUCAUCUCAGAUGUCGGCUCUAGAAUUUAUUGCUGGUGGUGCUACCAGAUCAUUUGGCACGGUCAGUGAGCCAUGUUCCUGGACUCAGAAGUUUCCUAAUCCACAGUUUACGAUACAACAUUAUACCAAAGGUGAAACACUCAUUGAAUCCUAUUGGAAAAGCAUUCUACAAGUCUUUCAAGGUGUAUUCGUUGGAGAACCAUUGGCUAAUCCUUGGAGAAAACAACUUUCUUAA